AUCGUCUCUAUAAAAGCAGCUUCUUAAUUUACUGAUUGGCUCCAAAAACCUAAAAUCGCUUCCCCAUCUCAAAUCCACAACACCACAACCAAAUCGACGACAUGGCUUCCAAGAAGGGCGACUACAACCCUCACUCCGGCGACGGCGCUAGCCCUGGAAAGAUAUUCAUCGGAGGCUUGGCAAAGAACACCACCUUAGAGACCUUCAUUAAGUACUUUGAGAAGUAUGGGGAGAUAAUUGAUUCUGUCAUCAUGAAGGACCGCCAAACGGGGCUUCCUAGGGGUUUCGGCUUUAUAACCUAUGCCGAUCCUUCUGUUGUUGACCAGGUUAUUCAAGAGACUCACGUCAUCAAUGACAAGCAGGUUGAGAUAAAGAGAACCAUUCCAAAAGGUGCCGGACAAGCUAAUGAUUUCAAAACUAAGAAAGUUUUUGUAGGCGGGAUUCCAAGAACUGUUACAGAAGAUGAAUUGAAAGAUUUCUUUUCAAAGUAUGGUAAUGUAGAUGAGCAUCAGAUCAUACGCGAGCAUGCCACUAACCGCUCUCGAGGGUUUGGAUUUGUUGUAUUUGAGAGCGAAAAAGUUGUUGAUAAUUUGCUGGCAAAUGGAAAUAAAAUUGAUAUGGAUGGAACACAGGUUGAGAUCAAGAAGGCUGAACCGAAGAAGGCCUCAAACCCCGCUCAUGUUCCUGCCUUCAGUAGAGACUCUAGGGCACCCCCAUACCCUGCUAGUUAUGAUUUAGUCGGCAACACAUAUAGUGGUUAUGGCCCUGGUGGUUAUGGCCUUCCUUCGUAUGGCCCUCCUUCCUAUAGGUCACAUGGAGAAUUUGGCAAUAGGUUUGAUGAUUACAAUGGUUAUUCAGAUGCUAAUGAUGUUGGUGUUGGGUUUGAGGGUCUCAGAGGUGGCCCUUUUCCUGGUUAUCACGGAGAUUCUUCAUUCGGGUAUCCUAGUAGAUUUUCAUCCUAUCGUGGAGGGCUUGGUGGAGGAUAUGGUGGUAGCGGGUUAGGUGCAUAUGGGCGUGAAGCUAGGGGCUAUGGAAGCUAUGCUGGGUCAGGCUCGGGUGAUGGUUAUGAUUCAGGCCCUGGUGCUAGUUAUGAAGGACCGCGAGGCUUGUACGGUGCUAGUAGGGCAGGAUACGGUGGCAGUAGUCGUUACCACCCUUAUGGAAGGUAGAAAUAUGUCUAAGCUUUCGUAUAGAAGUUGCAUGCUGGUUCCAUCGUCCCUAGGCACUACAGCAAGAGGCACUAGCUAGAAGAGCAGAUGAACCACUAGUUUCUCCUGGUUGCAAGUUUAGAUCAUCAUCAACUUAGAAGACUUUGUCAUUUUAGUCAUAUGUUUUCUGUUAUCCUAUUGACAAUUAGAAGAUGCUUAAACAUUUAUUAGAAUCAACCUAGUGUAGUUUGUGUUCCCAUAUUCAUUUGUUUUCAAGUGCUUUGUGAGCCAGUUAUUUUUUUCCCAUUGGAUAUUGUCUUCUGUUCCUAAGAGUGUGCACUGUUGUGAGA